CGGAGGACAGCCUGGCGCAGCAGCACCCCCCGCACAGCGCCGAGGCGAGAGACCCGCCCGAGGCGUCCGACCCUCACUGCGUCCCGGAGAUCACGGCGGAGCACAGCACCAGGAUGGGCCGCGAGAUGAGCAAGUGCAGCAACUACUCCACGCGGUCCGAGCUGCAGAGCCGCCGGCGGCCCCAGGACGCGGGCUAACCGAGGACGAUGAGCAGCAGGAUGCCACCAUCGUGGUCGAGAAGAUCUUCUCGAUGGUCGACAAUCCAGAGCAAGAGCCGGUCUCGCCCAAGCGCUACCGCUCCCGCCGACAAGCCGGAGCGGCUGGUGAGGGCGGCUGGUGA